ACAAAAGGAUAGUUUAUCUAAGAUGGAUAGAAACAUUUCUUUACGUCAUGCCGGAAGUAGACACUUUCGACUCCGCUAUUGUGUUUAGGAGGAUCUAGGGGCAUGCUUUAAUGUUUUGAUUGAAUACAUAUUGUUGAUUCCUGACGUAUUGAAUGUACCGCUAAUAUAAAUAAAAAGAAGCACUGCAAGUGCGAAUCGGUUAAAGAAAAUAAAAAUAAAUCGGCCAUAGCUAAUCAAUAGAGACAAUUGUGUAAAACCAGAAGGAAUCUUUGGGAACAGCGAUUGAACCACGGGACAAAUGAUGACGAGUACAACUGCAAAUAGAGAAAUGAAAGUGGAGCCAGAUUUCGGGAGCAUGUCACCGGCGGAGGAGCUGCUCCUGCUGAGAACGCGAGUUCGGGAGCUGGAGAGGGAGAAGGCCCAGGUGGACGCGGAGAAUCGACGGCUGAAAGACCUGUUGGUGAACGAGAUUCCAUCUCUCCUGUCUGCCAUGAGGCAGAAUGUCGGUGUUGGGGGCAGAGAGAGUGAUCCUGAAGUCUUCCAGGGGCUCUCGCCCUGCGCAGAACGGCUGGAUUGCGCCGGGUUCCCCCCGUCGAUGCCAGCCGACGCCGGGUUCGGACAGGCCGAGGACGUGGACGGCUUUAUGCAAACUGUCUCUGACGCCCAGGUGGCAUUGGUCAGUGGUGGUUUCCCUGCAAGCAUUGAGGACAGCGGGCCGCACUGUGCCCUCCCUGUAGAGGACAGUCCCAGCUGUCCCAGCCCGGCCUGUAGCUCGCCUGACUUCGGCCCAAUCAGAGACUGCACGGAGAUGGAGCAUGUGCACACGUCGGGGCACCUUAGCAGCCAUGCGCGCCCGGUUGAGGUGUAUCCAGGUUCCGGAGUGUUCUGUGAGGCGCAGGCCUGGACCUCCGCCAUCCAGGCCCAGUCUCCCACGGCCAUGGUGCGGAUGCUGCUGCUGGGCGUCUUUGACACAGACACCCUAUUGCACAGCAACCUGAGGGGAGGGCGGAGCCGGAGGCCCAUGUUCCCCAACCACCGGGUGGGCCUGGAUCCCCACAAACUGGAGGCGAUUUACAAUGCCACCCUGGCGAGGUUCCCACUGGCACGGAAGGGGCAGAUAGGCACCGGGAUCAACUCCAAGCUGUCGGAGAUGAGAUUCCGAUCCAGGAGAGCCAAUCAGGAGAGGAGAUAUUUGUGAGCGCUUAAGUGUAGUGGAGCAUGAGUAGAGCCCACCAUAAGGUUAUGACGUUCUACAGAGACAGUGCAUGCAGGCUCCUUGGCUGAUCUCUGCCCAUUUGGAGGGCUAUAGGAAGGAGGAAGCGGGCCGGAGGUUGGUGCAGUCUCAGCCAAUCGGUGGGCGAGCUGGAGAAAAAAGCAUCUUUGAGGACAGAGUGUGUCCCUCCCACCUGAGUCUGCAGCCCUCUGGCCAGUAGGCUACAAGGAGGUGUUUUCCAGCUCGUCAUUUCCGGGAGCGUCUGCUUAUUCUGUCUCCCCAUGAAGCCUGCUGUCCAGACAGGUGGCAGAAGAGGAAAUAGAGCUUCUCCUUUUGCCUCUGAAGCUCGAGAAUCCUGGACGGGGGCCAGAUGAUUUUUCUUCAUCGAUUUGCGUGCUCUGUGGCGCGGCCCACUGAGAGGUUCAUCUGGCAGCUCUGUCGCCGGCCCUGAGUCUCCUUCACCCAUGGCGAGCAGCGGGCAUCAAUCCUGCCCCACAGGUGUCGUCGCCGUCCCAACCUAAUGGGUCUCCCGGCACUCUAAUGCCUCAAGGAGCAGCAAGGGGAGAUUAAUUCAUCUUCAUACUCUUAAACAGCCUAAGGUCUCUCUCGUGCUGAAUGUGAAUGGAGGAUCCCUGGGAGCAGAGGGAGGGGGCUGGUGUUGUGGUGAUGUAACAGCCGCAAGGGGGCUGCAUUUCCUUACAACCC